CAUUUUAUUCCGUUUCCAACUGUAUCCUCCUUGUUUACUCCUCCUCCAUUUUCUAUUGGUUCACACUCCUCAGAUUCUCUCUCUCCCAAAUUUCUUCCAUUUGUCUGUUCCAAAUUUUCUCGAGUUUUCAGCUCUCUGUGAAGAUAACCCACUUACAGAAUCUCAACUGAAACGCAAAUACAUUGCGUAAUCGCAGGCAAUUUGGUCGGAGUAAUGGCCGGGAUUUUCGCCGGCGGCAGUGACUGUCCACCGGCUUCGGCUUUACUGGAUUUUGUUCGCGAUGUCGUUCGAAUGUCGGCGGGGACGGGCAGUGGAGGGGUUUUCAAGAGGGAUUGUACCGAUCUGGUGCGUCGGAUCGUGCUUUUGACGCAUUUGUUUGAGGAGAUCAGAGACUUUAAUGGCGUCAAAUUUCGACAUGUUGGUGCAUCUUCUUCUUCUUGUGGCGCUGUUACCGUGAGGGAUUCGUCUCCGUCUUCGUGGCUAUGUGAUUUAGUGGCGGCGUUGAAGGAUACUGAGCGCCUCAUUUUUGCCGCUUCGACUUUCCGGUCCUGCGGUUCUUCUUCUGAAGAAGUUGCCAAUAAGAUCAUCUUUCAAUUCCAAUGCGUGACAUGGAAGUUAGAGAAGGCAUUGAGCAAUCUUCCUUAUGAUCGCCUUGAUAUAUCAGAGGAAGUCCAAGAACAGGUUGAAUUAGUGAGAGCUCAGUUGGGAAGAGCAGCUGAAAAAUAUGGGUCUCUGACUGCAAUUCCGCCAUCAGUUGUUCAAUCUCAGUUGCUGAAGAAAAAUGUGGACCUGUUAAACCUGAACAACUGUGUUGAUAACUUUCAUGUUGAGGAGAAUGGUAUAGUUGAUCAUGAGAUUACAGUGAAAUUUGAUGCCUUUCCAAAUUGUAGAGGUUUGAUGAAUAGGGGUGAGGAUCAGCUUGAGAAACUUCCAUCCUCCUCAGAGGGUUGUUCUGAUGGACAGAAUGACUCUGCCAAAAAGAGUGGAGACCAGGUGAAGAACCCAGACGCGGUUCCAAUCCCUGAUGAUUUUUUAUGCCCCAUAUCCCUGGAAAUCAUGAGGGAUCCUGUUAUUGUGUCCACAGGCCAGACGUAUGAGAGAUCUUAUGUACAGAGGUGGAUAGAUUGUGGGAAUACUACUUGUCCCAAAACUCAGCAGAAGCUCCAAAAUUUGAAUCUCACCCCAAAUUAUGUGCUGCGAAGUCUUAUUAGUCAAUGGUGUGUUAACCACAAUAUUGAGCAACCUACAGGACUAACCAAUGGGAAGAUCAAAAAGUGUGAUGGAUCGUACCGUGAUGUGUGUGAGGAGAUGGCAGCCAUUGAAACUCUGGUCCGGAAACUAACUAGCCAUUCAAUCGAGGAGCAGAGAGCAUCUGUGACCGAACUUCGAUCUCUAUCGAAAAGAAGCACGGAUAACAGAAUACUGAUUGCUGAAGCAGGAGCAAUUCCUGCUUUGGUCAAUCUAUUAACGGUUGAUGAUGUUUUAAUACAAGAAAAUGCAGUUACUUCCAUUCUGAACCUUUCAAUAUAUGAGAACAACAAGGGACUCAUUAUGCUUGCUGGUGCCAUACCUUCCAUUGUCCAAGUUCUGAGAGUUGGAAGUAUGGAAGCGAGAGAAAAUGCAGCAGCAACACUUUUCAGCUUGUCUCUUGCUGAUGAAAAUAGGAUAAUCAUUGGUGAUUCUGGGGCCAUUCCGGCUCUUGUGAAUUUACUUGAAAAUGGAAGCUCAAGAGGGAAGAAGGAUGCUGCAACAGCACUAUUUAAUUUGUGUAUUUAUCAGGGUAACAAGGGAAGGUCUGUGAGGGCAGGGAUCAUUCCAGCUCUAUUAAAGAUGCUUACGGACUCGGUUAACUCCAUGGUCGACGAAGCUCUCACAAUAAUGUCGGUCCUGGCCAGCCAUCAAGAAGCAAAAGUAGCGAUGGUGAAAGCCAGUACCAUACCUGUUCUAAUAGACCUGCUGAGGACCGGAUUGCCUCGCAACAAAGAAAACGCUGCUGCAAUUUUGCUUGCUUUGUGUAAGAGAGAUACAGAAAAUCUUUCCUGCAUGAGUAGGCUGGGUGCCGUGAUUCCACUGACCGAGCUCGCCAAGAGUGGCACCGAGCGAGCAAAGAGGAAAGCUAUUUCUCUGUUGGAGCAUCUUCGAACGCUGCAGCAGCAGCUAUAGAUAAGGUAAGGAUUUAUCAACAAUCAUUUUCCUUACUUCUCCAACUUUUGAGUACUUUUGACAAUUGAUUUUCAGCUCAUUCUCUUUGAUUGUGGCAACAAAGAAUUUAAGGAUGGAUGGCUAAUGAAGGCCACACUCCUUGAAUCUGCGUACUUCAUUCCUUCAUUAUAUUGUACAAGUGUGUAUAGAUUCAUUUACUGGCUCUCUUAACAAAUCUCUGCUAUAACCAAAAAGAAGGUACUGUUUGGGAAUACUUGGACUCUGUUUUUUUUUUGUUUUUACCCUUUUCUUUGUCCAGUUCCUUUCUGUAAGAACAUCUUCUGAGUUUUGAGAUUAGAAUAUACUGAAAGAAACAUUGCACCCUCUGAUU